AUUCGUGCUGCUGCCUCCCAAGCGAGCUCAGCUGCAGGGUGCAGCAGCUGCAAACCUCAGGGGAAAGUAGUUUUAAUUACUUAAAGGGGGUGCUUUUGGGGUUUUGCUUUCUUUUUGCAGCUCGUCUUUGGGAGGAGAGUGUGCUCAGGGUGGCAGUGGGUGCUCACAGUGUGCAGCAUGCGAGCACCCUGACGCCAGCUUGGAGACAGCCCCGAGCAGGAUCCGGCCCACCAGAGAGCAGUCCCCAGCCCAGCCUGGGGGUCAGGGAGGUGCGGGACCAGGGCUGCCUCCUCCCUCACCUCCCAGCACCUUUCUCUGGGACCUAAUAAAGGCGUGAGGGCAGGAUUGAAUUUUUUUGGACUUCUUCUCAUGCACUUUCCAUGUUUCGCUGCGCUUCCCACCCAGAUCCGUGCAGGACCUCGGUGAUGCUGCACCCACGGGCGAAGCUGGGCGAUGCCCCUGCUCAGGGCUCCGUCCCUCUCCUCCCACCACCCCAUGGAGCCAGGCUGCGGGUGCAGGACCAGCCCCACGCCGUACCCCACAAUCUGCUGAGCCCCAGCGCUGGGAGCCGGGGCAGGAUCAACCCCCAUGCCUGCCCUCACGGCCACGUCACGCCUUGUUCCCGUUCCUGCAUGGCGCGGUGCAGCUGGCCAUGCAGCGCACUGCGCUUCUCCUCGUCCCUUUCCUCUUCCUCAGCCGAGCCCAAGGGUGCGAGGACAGGGCUGUGCCUGCCGGAGGAGAGCUGCGGCUACUGCCCAAGGGACCACUGCCAGCGUGGGAAGCGUUGGAAUGGAGAGUGGCACUGGAUUCAGGAACCCGGCUGGUCAUCAUGAGGGCUACAAAGGAUAAAGUUCCAGUUUUCAAGGGUUCUUUUUCUGGGAGAAGCACCUUCUUCCCGGAGACCCUCUCCCUGAGCAUCAGCCCGGUCACCCAGGCAGACAGCGGCAACUACUCUGCAGAUUUUGAGACUGAAUCUGGCUUCCAUCCUCAUCAGCGGUUCUGCGUGUCGGUGUGGGAGCCCGUCAGCCAGCCAAACCUGCAGGUGCACAUGCUGCAGCAGGAGCAGGGCUGGUGCAACAUCUCGCUGCUCUGCUCUGUGCCGGGUGCUGCUAACACCUACAGCUGGUCCCAUGAUGGGGCUCCCCUGGGGCACGGGAACAUGCUGUCGGUGCAUGGGGACUCCGAGCCCAGGACCUACGUCUGUAACGUGAGCAACCCGGUCAGCUGGAGCACGGCCAGCAUCGACACCGCGACGGUCUGCCUCCCUCCGUCUUCGGUUGCAGACGUUUCGUGGCCCUACUGCAGAACCAAGGGGGUUCUCAGCCUCCUGGUUCUGGGCAGCCUGGUGGCAGCUGUGGUCAUCACGCAUGUCCUCACGUGGCAGCAGGACACGAGCCAGGCGGUGGCAUCCCUGUCCCAAAGCACUGGACCCCCUAGGAAGGGACUCACAAGCAGCCCGACCCGUGUGAGUUGUUAACCCCCAUGAAAACGUAUUAACAAGCCAAUAAACCUCUUUUUCUCCAGCA